GCCAAAUUGAGGUCAGAGCGUAAUCGACAACGCGCUUACGACUCACGAUUAAGACAAUUGCUGCACAAUCAACGUCAGGAGGCCGCACAGUCUCGUAAAGAUGAGAAACGCCGUGCUGCCAAAGAACGCAUAAUGGCAGAGGAGGAUCCAGAGAAAGCAAGAAAACUGGAGGUAGGUCUAUUUUCGUAA